GGGUGGGGGCAGAUGGAGGCUGCAAGAGAGAGAAAUAUUACAAAGAGGAGCAGUCCCAGACAGAUAGAGGAGAAAAAGAAGAAGAAGAGAGGGGGACUGUAGAGACAGGUCCUGCUUACACUUACCGGUAGUGUGAGCAGAGCAGGAAAAGGGACUACAGAAAUAGGAAGGGAGGCUAGGCUUGGGCAAUUGAAAGGAAGAGAGGAGGGGGGAGAGAGAUAGCGUUGUUACUAAAGUGGCUGAGGGAAGCUGAUGGGAUGGCAUUGAUCUCUGGGAGCUGCCGGCUCCUGGGCCAGAUGGCGUCUUGUUGCUGCAGACCGUUCCUCGGCUCGUCCUGUUGUCGACCGCUCAUCAAAGUCUGCCUCUCCUCCUUCACAGACAUCUCCCCUGCUGAGCUGGAUGCUCUUUGGAGGGAACCGCCGUACGGUCUUGGAGGAACAAAUGAACACUUCCCAGGCAACAACAUCAUGACUCAAGGUGAGGAAGAGGAUGGUCCGAUUGGAGACUCAGGAGAAGGAGAGGAGCAUGAGAGCUACUGGAAGAAGAAAGAGGCCUUCCUUCGAGGAAGUAAAGUUUCAGUCGGGGAGAAAUUCUCUUCAGAAAUUGUGCUCCGGUUUACCGGGCGGAGGCGUUCCGGUGACAAUCCAGACCAGUCCCUGCAGGAGGCGCUGCGCACACGACUCCGAGUGGUGGAGAGCAACAGCAAAGACAUCACUCAGCUCUUUCAAGACCUGUCGGCUCGUCUGGUCUCCGUUCAUGCUGAGAAGGACAUCUUUGUGCUCACGUUUAAAACGGUGGAGGAGAUCUGGAAGUUUUCAACUUACCUCUCGUUAGGUUUUGUUGCCCGAUGCUUGGAGAACUUCCUGUGUGACCAGUCUUUCUGGCUGGACACGGAGCUGCUUCGUGAUUUAGAGAUCAACGUCACUGUGGACGAGGAGCAUCUCGCCACCCUCUACCUGGGGCUUCUGCUUCAGGAAGGAUCUUUUUUCGCCAAGGCGCUGUUCACCAGGAGCGAGGAGGACGAAGACAACGAGGAGCAGCUGUCGUUUAAAAAGAAUGACCUGCUGAUAGUGAGGGAUACGGGGAAGGACGACGUUUGGGAGGGCACCAUGCUUGCCACGGGGAACCACGGCCAGGUGCCGGUCCAUGCAAUGCAGCCGCUGCCCUACCCUUUCUACCAGUGGUUCCUCAGGAAGUAUCCGGGCCAAGCUGGAUGCUCACCAGUAGAAAAGGAACUGUUUGAAAGUUCAAUCGUGACCGGUUCGUGUGAAGCCAUCGUUGACUACAGUCCAGCUGGGCCAGAUGAGCUCCAGCUGAGUCAAGGGGACCGGGUGGAGAUCCAGGGUCUGCUGAUGCGGGGGCUUUCCGUCUUCAUAGGAAGACACACGUCCACAGGACGCAGUGGAUUUGUUCACAGGGCCCAUGUCAAGCCUCUGAACGCCAAACCCCUAGACAGACAAUUGGUCUUUCUCACAGAGGAGGAGAAGGCCAGCCUGGCUCAGGUUAACCCGUAUAGCUCGGAGCCGAGCGACAGCUGCCUUCUGGAAAGACUCUUCUCAUCAGACAUCAGCUCUGUGUACAGACUAGACAGGCUGGACGAGGCCGACUUCAUGUACAUACGGAAUCGGCCAAAGCAUGAUUUCCAGGGUUUUUCCAGCGCCCGUCAGAGCCUGAUGUCCAACAGAAGCGACGGGACAACGCAGAACCAAUCCUCCAUCGCCUCGCCGCGCGUGUCCCUCUAUCAUUCCCUCAAUCCUCUGCCACGAGAGGGAGAGCGGCUCUCUUUCAAUCUGGAGGACACGUUUAAGGAGCUGGAUGAGUUUCAGGAGGAUCCCCCCCUCUUCAUGGAAGAGAACAGCUGGGAGGGGGAGAAGUCGGAGCUCAGCGACCCGACACUGGCUCUGUUGAACCACGAACACUUCCAGGAUGAAUUUCUGCCCUUGUACGACCUGCACUGYUCCUUCCUGUGGAUGACGUUYGGUGAGAAGACUGAGAACGAAYUGUCCGGACAUCUUGAGAGUGUCAGGGAGUGCGCYAAGAGACUGGGCAUGCAYUGGGCACAUCGGCGUGCGUGCUUUGUCCUGGGCAGACUCUGCGCCAGAAAGCUAAAGUUCUCCCAGGCACGAGUAUACUACGAGGAAGCUCUGAGUGUUGGCGUCAACGGCUUCUCCGAUGUACCGCUUCUCGUGGCUCUCUUCACAAACCUCACUGCCAUCUACCUGAAGCAGCGCAUGACCGAUAAGCUGCCCCAGAUCCUGGAGAAGGCCAGUGCCUUAAUACUCUGUCUUCCCUGCCAUGCUUUCAUGUCCUCAGACGAAGUUGAGCUGCUGAAGCUCCUCCUGAGAAGAGCCGUCGUGCUGGGGGACAAACUUUUGGAGGCUCGCGUCUGCUACCUCAUCUCUAGCCUCUACUUGGUUCUUAAGAAGACAGAAGACACGCUGCCUUUCUUCGAGCGACUUCAGUUCCUUUCAGCCACACUAUCGGCCACCGAAGGCGGACCUAUCGAACCSUUGGACCUCAACUGGCUCUUGAGCUGGCUCUACCAUCGCAAAUACAUGCCUUACUUAGCGUUGGCCUCCCUAAGCCUGGACUCAAGAGAAGACCAUUCCCUUUGUGACGCUUUCCAGAGGAUCGAGUUGUUUAUCAGGAACUCUGUCCGUCUGAAUCCGUGCUGGAAGGAAGGAACCUCGCUACUCCCCGCUCAGAUAGUGGUUUACYUGCAGCAGGCUCUUGCCGUGGCCGAGCAGGGUGAUGACAUAAAGAUGCAGCGCGACCUUUGUUUGGGUUUGGCUUUGACCUACCAGCAGUACGGUGCGCUGGACAAAGCAGUGUGCUGUGCUCAACAAGCCGUGGAGACAGGAAGUCACAUUAAUGAGGAGGAUGGCUUYGAGGCUUCAGUGCUACUUGGUUGGCUGCUGGUGUUGACGGGUCAGGCUGAGAGGGCUCAGAGUAUUUUAGAACCACUGCUCACAUCGCUACAGAGCACKGAUAGUCCUACUCAGCAAGGAGUCAUCCAUAACCUUUUGGCACUGGGCCUGAGGCAUCGGGGUCGGGUCCGAGAGGCAGGCUGGCAUCUUCACUCCGCCUUGGAAAUCUCCAGAGAGAGCGGGAACCAAAGAAAUCAGGCUCUGGCGCUGGCCAACCUGGGCUGCCUGGCGCUGGACUCUGGGGCGAACCUCCUCGCUGAGCGCUUUCUGGUUAGGUCUCUGUGCCUUUUUCUGGAUCUCUGGGAGAGUCCGACCGAUGAGGAACACGUUCAGGUGUAUCUUUGGCUCGGGCAGAGUUACAAGGACAGAGGGAAGAGUCAGGACAUCAGGGCAUGCUAUGAAAUGGGGCUGCUAAUUGCACUGCAUGCCAGAAACUUGCACAGUCAGAUGGUGGUAGCCAAGCUUCUGAGUGUCCUGUACGCUGAAAUGCUGCUCUACUGUCAGAGUAUUGUUUACUAUGAGCAUUGCGUCUCAGUGUCCAGAGAGCUAAAGGACAAGAGACGUGAAGGAGAGUAUCUGGAAAAACUCAGCAGCCUCUACCUCUCACUCAACACGGAGAAAUCGUCUCGUAAGUCACUUGAUUACACCAAGCAGAGCCUGAGGAUUUCUAUCGAUCUGGGCAAGAGAGAAGAAGAGUCAGAGACCUGGCUGCAGGUGGGACGAAUCUAUUACCUCAUCCAGGAGGACGAGCUGGCUGACAUGUACCUGCAGGCAGCGGUGAAGACAGCCUUGAGGAUGAACGACCCUCACUUUGCUUUGAGCAUCUACGAGGAGGCGGGAGACGUUUACUUUAAAGGCCACAGGAACCGAAUGGCUUCAGAGAUUUUCUACAGAGACGGCAGUCUACCGUUUGCACGGAGCAUCAAAGACGUCCAUUCAGAGUUCCGCUUGUUAAGUAAAUUAACAGAGUUACUAAUGAAUCAAAGAGAGCAGGAGGAAGCUCUGCAGUAUGCAACACUGGCUGUUCAAAUAGCUAACCAAACAGCUUCUGCACCUUUGCAGGAUGCUUUUGAUGCAGCGGGGUACUUCUAUUUAGCACUUGCAGCCGCUCUGGAGGACAAAGGUAACCCUAAAGCUCUGUAUGUGGUGUACAUGAAGCUGGCGGAGAUCCAUGGGAGCCACAUGCCCGAUGCCCAGUUGUGCCAGCUGUACAUCGGCAGAGCUCAGAGUCUGAAGAAAGUCCUGGCUGGAAUUGAAAGCUCCCCAGACAGUGAUUCCAACCUAAAAAGGGAGAAUUUAUYGAACGUCUAUACUGCGUACAGAAAAAGUGCGAAUGACACGCACUCCACCUUUGAUUUCGUAGAUAGUACGGUGGCGAGARCUCAUUCGGUCAAGACUGACUCUGGGAAAAUAUUGACGGACAUGAAUCUUGAGGGAGAUUAUGGUCUGAAGGAUCACAGUCACUGCCCUGGUGACACAGACAGUCGCUAUUUCGAUGUUUCAUUCUCUGAGACGGACACCAUUGCGAGUCAGUCAUACAGCGACAGCGUCAUAACAGGAUCCUUUGACACAGCUAAGGAGCACAUUUCAGACUCCAGCAGCACCACCGACACUUACCAGAAUCCGGCCGAAGGGAAGGAUUCGGAAUUGAAUUCUGACCAGAGCAUGCUGAGUCAAAUACCUGCAAAUCCCACAGGUGAUCUCAGCAGACACACGGAUGCCAGAGACACRGAUUCAGAUAUUCCAGAUGAACAAAGCACCCCGACUAAAGAAACUGAUCCGACUCAGACAGACCGUGAUGCUGGACGGAAGGGUCCGACCACCAUGAACAAUGCUAAAGCUGCAAGUAAGAAUAAUGCUCGGAGACAAACGGAGGAAUAUGAGUUUUGUGACGCACACAGUGAGCAAACAGAUGCUGACACAUAGCAUUCCAGAGACUCUUCCUCUUCUCUGGCCGCAGGUUUUAUAGCCAGAAAACCGAUCGAAACGUUCCAGCCGAUUGGCUAUCUUUGUUUUUAGUAAGUGAUGUCUAUACUGUAAAUCAAUCAAAGCAUAGCCUGUUUCCCUGAUGUAGUUAUUAAAGCGCACUGUAUAUGUAMCUUGUUUUCUACAUUGCAGUAUAAUGCACACAUUAAAAAAAAGUCUUAUUUU